GGGGGGGGGGGCGGACCGUCCCCUCCGCUUCCCCCCCGGCCCCGCCCGGCCCCGCCGCUCGCCAGUCUUCGCUCUGUUCCCGGUCCCGCGACCCGACAUGAGCUCCCAGUUCAACAAGGGUCCCUCCUACGGGCUCUCCGCCGAGGUCAAGAACCGGCUUGCCCAGAAGUACGACCCACAGAAGGAGGCUGAGCUGCGGACAUGGAUUGAGAGUGUCACAGGACAGCAGAUCGGGCCUGAUUUCCAGAAGGGGUUGAAGGACGGAGUGAUCCUCUGCGAGCUCAUGAACAAGCUGCAGCCCAACUCGGUAAGGAAGAUCAACCGCUCUGCUCAGAACUGGCACCAGCUCGAGAACCUCUCCAACUUCAUCAAGGCCAUGGGCAGCUAUGGCAUGAACCCUGUGGACCUCUUUGAAGCCAAUGACCUCUUUGAGAGUGGGAACCUGACGCAGGUGCAGGUGUCACUGCUGGCACUGGCAGGCAUGGCCAAGACAAAGGGGAUGCAGAGCAGCGUGGACAUAGGCGUGAAGUACUCGGAGAAGCAGCAGAGGAACUUUGAUGAGGCCAAGAUGAAGGCUGGGCAGUGUGUGAUCGGGCUGCAGAUGGGCACGAACAAGUGUGCCAGCCAGUCCGGCAUGACAGCCUAUGGCACACGGAGGCACCUCUACGACCCCAAGAACCAGAUCCUGCCGCCCAUGGACCACUCCACUAUCAGCCUCCAGAUGGGCACCAACAAGUGUGCCAGCCAGGUGGGCAUGACAGCUCCUGGCACGAGGAGACACAUCUACGAUGCCAAGACGGGGACAGAGAAGUGUGACAACUCCUCCAUGUCACUGCAGAUGGGCUCCAACCAGGGUGCCAACCAGAGCGGCCAGGUCUUCGGUUUGGGACGCCAGAUCUAUGACCCCAAGUACUGCCCACAGGGCAGCCAGGGUGAGGUGGCCAAUGCUGCCUGCGACCAGAGUGGGGACCCCCCAGGGUAUCACUACUACCACGAGGAGGAGAGCUACUGAGCUGGACGUUGCCCAGCUCCAUCUCACACCAUCUCGUGUACAGACUCCGCUGCCAGCAACAUUCCAGCCUCUACUUUUGUCAUUCCCUUUUUUUUUAAAACUCUUUUAUUUUAAAUUCUAAAAUGAAUCUAUUUUUCUGAGCAAGGAAAUAAAGACCCUGUUUCU